AUGUUGGAUGACGAUACAUCAUCAAUAAUAGUUGGGGCAGGAAAUAAUCGAAUUGCAAUUAAUUUAAAACCAUUGAGAACAGAUCAAACACAAUCGAUGAUGUUUCCGUCGGUAUUAAUUGAUAUGGGUGAUAUUGAAAUUGAAAUUCGUCGAACAAAUAAACCUACACCUGUACGAUCAAAAUCUGUUGCUAGUCGAAUGUAUGAACAUGGUAAACAAAAGAAAAUUGAAGAAAAACCGAAAACAUCUCAAUCAUAUUGGGACUAUUCAACUUUACAUGGACCAAAUAUGUGGUCUCGAAUAUUUCCUCAAUUACAAUGUAAAAAAUUUCAAUCACCAAUACGAAUCUAUACUGAUCAAUCAGAAUAUGAAUCUGUAUUAGCUCGACAUCCAUUUAUAUUCGAUGCGGAUGAAAAUUGUUGUCAAAUCCUUGAAAAUACCGGUCAUUCAUUCCAAGUAUCCGGUAAUGGCUAUAGUUAUAUAACCGGUGGUCCUGUACUUGAUGAAUAUCAAUUUUUACAAUUUCAUAUGCAUUGGGGAUCAAAUGAUAAUGAAGGUUCUGAGCAUGUUGUCGAUGGUAUUCGUUCACCAGCUGAAUUACAUAUUGUAACAUGGAAUACAAGCAAAUAUAAAACUCCACAAGAAGCAGUUGCAUCUGAAGAAUUCGGUGGUUUAAUGGUAUUUGCUGUUUUAAUCAACAUCAUACCAACAGAUAAUAUACAUAUGGAUAAAUUACUUGAACUUUUUCCAAAAAUUACACAUAAAGGAGAAAAAAUUAAUUUUGAUUAUAAUACUAUUUCAUUAAGAAACUUAAUGCCAGAAAAUAUUCAAGAUUAUUAUACAUACGAUGGUUCAUUAACAACUCCAAUGUGUAAUGAAAGUGUACGUUGGAUAGUUUUUCGAGACAAAAUCGGUCUUUCAAAACAACAAAUCAAUCAAUUACGUCAAUUGAAACAUACAUGUACCAGUGACAAAUCAAUGAAUGGAUAUAUUACAAGAAAUUACCGGUCAUUAAUGCCUCUUAAUGGACGUAUUGUUUAUCGUUCGUUUCGCUAA